UAAUUUGACUCAAACCGGAACUAGACGCGGCGUGGUGGAACUAGUGUGAGCAGUAAUGUUGUUGUAUUGUUUAUCGUUUUUUUACUACUCUACAAUCUGAAAAUGGAAACACAGGAUACGACAGAAAUAAAAACUAAACCGACUGUUGAACACCAGGGUGUUGAUUUCCUGCAACAGACAGUGGGAGCCCUUGUUUCGGACUAUGGCUGGUAUAUCCUGUUCGGCGCUGUUGCAGUUUACUGGGUUAUCCAGCAGCUGAGCAAACGAAGAGGAGGACAGGAGAGUAGUGGCCCUAGGGACGUUCCAGAUCCUGCUACAGUUGUGAGGCGUCAAGAAGCGUUAGAGGCGGCUCGCCAGCGAAUGCAGGAGGAAUUGGAUGCUAAAGCUGAACAAUACAAGGAAAAACAAAAGCAACUUGAAGAGGAAAAGAGAAGGCAGAAGAUAGAGAUGUGGGAAAGCAUGCAGGAGGGAAAGAGUUACAAAGGGAAUACAAAACUAAGUCAGCAGCAAAGCACAGAUGAGUCCAGCUCCACGUCCGUCUUAAAACCCAAGUCUGCAAAGAAACCGCUGCGCAGUGGGUUUAAUCCCCUGUCUGGAGAGGGUGGAGGAGCUUGUUCAUAUAGACCCGGUCGUAGAGGUCCCUCUAGUGGCGGAUGAGGGUAAAUCACGUCAGUGCUUCACCUCUGCAGUGAACCCUGACCUAUUGCUUCAAGAGCACACACAGACAUACUGUGACUAACAUUGGCUAAUCUCAGAAAAUCCAAGACUAAUUUAAGGGUGUAAGUCUGUUAAACAGUUCAACUUUGGAAGUUUUUUUAUUUUUUCAUUUAAUGUUUAAAAUGUUUGGGAUUUUUGUAUUUGACAUGUUUGUUGGCAAUACCUAAAUGGUUUCAAAGGUUUAUUAUUAACACCCCUAGUGAAAAAUUACAAUUGAUAAAAAAAUCAAAUGACAGUGUAGACCGCGGAAGCUCGUAGGUGCAAAAAGCUUCCACUGUUACAAAGUCUUCUGAGGGUUGUGACCUGCCAGCUGCAGGUCUCUGCAAAAACAAGUGAGAGAUUCAGAAAUGAAUUCUCAAACAUGUGGCAACACAUUGUUUUGUUUUCUUAGCAUUUUGCGAUAUUUGAGACCGGUUCCUCUUCAUAUAAAUUCUUUCCAAUUAAUGCAAAAUACUUUUGGAAAGGGGAGACUAACCUUAUCCAAAGAGAAGUAAUGUCUUUAGUGACUUAAGACUGCUAAAUCCAGGGUGAUUAGAAAGUAAGUUUAGCACAUCAGUGAAGUGGUGUGGUAAGAGUAUUUUGUAAUCGUCCUGAAUGUUUCUAAAUGUGUUGCCGCUGUUGAGACCCAGGUUCUUUCUCAUAUGUUUAUUUGAUUGAUUCCUUCGAUAAGCUGCUGAUUUCCUGAGAUUGCCCGUUUCCAAUGAUGUCUUCCUUGUAAAUGGCAAACCAGUCAGUGGGGAGGACUGAUAUAGUUCACAAAGUCUGGUGUGUUUCUUGUAUUUUUUUCCAUAGUGAUGCACCCUCUAAUAUCUAGUGGGUGGUCACUUUGCCUUGUGUGGAUCCAUGCUUUCCAUAUCUUCUAAUCUAUGUAGUCUGAAGUCUAGGUUACCAUAAUGUUAUCCAAAUGCAGUCAAGCGCAAUAUAAUCAACACAUUUACAGAAAUGCUUCUGAUUUCAGCUGGUAUAUAUAUAUACAAUUUGAAAGCGUGAACAUGUAUUUGUCAGUCGAAGCCAAUACUAUAUUUACUUACAGUAGUGCUAGCCUAUACGCCAUGCUUCCAUUGCAGAUUUAAGAGUCAACAAGGCUGAACUGCUGUUAGGUAAGAAGUCCACUCGUCUCUAUUAGAAUGUCUCCAGGAUUAAGAGACUUUAUCAUAUCGGAAUUUCAAAGAAUGUCUUUCGUAUGGAACGCCAAUCACAUAUGAAUUUAAUGAUCCUGUUUAUACCAACGUAAUUCACGUGGAGUUAGAAAAUGUGGUUCAUCUUUUUAAUAGAAAACCUUUACCAUUUUCAAUCCAAAUCCAUUUUUUCAUUAACUGAAGCUUUAAAACACUGAAUAAACAAUUCUAGUGCUGACUAUGUUGCAUUAUGUGAAAGAAAACUGCAAAAGAAUGCCAUUUGUACAAGCUCUUUAUUAAUAAAAAGUGCAGUGGUUGUA